GUUACGUCCACGACCGCUCCCCACUCCGUUUGCGACAUUUAAGAUGGCUGCCCCCACAGUAGUAGCUUGUGGUUUCCGUGCAAGGGAGGCUGUUGGUGGACCUAAUGCUUAAAAUGGGCAGGUUGCAGCUCCCUGGUUCAAGGGUUUUUAUAAAGUUGUGGUAUUAAUAAGUAAUUGUCUUUUUUUUAAAAAAAGCACCGGUUUUGUUCAGCUACAUUUGAGGCAGAAAGAAGGCGGCACUAGGGGAGAGAACUGCAAAGUGUGAAGCGUGUUUCGAUGGGUGUGGGGAGCCUCAUGAGAUAAGAGUAGCACAGAAGCAGGAGGCUGGGCAGACCCGACUGGGGUUUUAAUACCCUCAAAAUCUCGGCUGGAGGGGAUUGAGAAGCUGAAGGAACCGUAGUGGCUCCUGCUUGCGUUUCCUAGGAGGCGAAGUCGGGGGAGCAGGGGCUUUGUUCCCUGGGCUUCUUCCAAGCCUGAAGAUGAUGCGACUUGGGUUGCGGCCGCUGUUUCCUGGAAGCUGCUCCCAGACUCUCUUGAGGCAGCGGCGGUGCCUCUUUUCCGGCUCCCCGUCGUCUGCUUCUCACUGGAGCAAAGUGGUCUCUGAGGCAGAGAAGAUUGUGGGCUACCCCACCUCCUUCAUGAGUCUCCGCUGCCUCUUGAGUGACGAGCUGAGCAAUAUCGCCAUGCAGGUGCGCAAACUGGUGGGGACCAACCAUCCGUUGCUCAACACAGCCAGAGGCUUUGUAUCUGAUAGCAGGAAAGACCUGCAGAUGAGAGGUCUGGUGGUUCUGCUGAUCUCUAAGGCAGCAGGGCCCAGCCUUACAACAAAGAGCUCCUUCCAGAAUGACAUGGUCAGUGGAAUAUAUCCCAGCCAACGCACUCUGGCUGAGAUUACAGAGUUGAUCUACACAGCUUUCCUGGUACACCGUGGGAUUGUGAAUAUUGGUGAACUGACAUCCUCUGAUGACUCAUUGAAGGACAUGCAAUUUGGAAAUAAAAUGGCUGUUCUAAGCGGUGAUUUUCUUCUAGCAAAUGCCUGCACAAACCUUGCUCAGUUGCAAAAUACUAAGGUAGUAGAGAUGAUAUCAAGUGCCAUUGGUGAAUUAGUACAAGGAAUAUAUUAUGAAAAUUCAAACUUAGUAGAGAAAAAUGGUCUCACAGAUGACAUUGGAAUAUCAACCUGGAAAGAACAUGUUUUCUUAUCCCACAGUGCCUUGCUGGCAAACAGCUGCCAGGCUGCAAUGGAACUGGCACAGCAUGAUGCAGGGAUCCAGAAGAUGGCUUUUAAGUAUGGGAAGCAUAUGUCUAUGAGUCAUAAGCUUAAUGUUGACAUUCAGCCAUUUCUUAAUGAAAAAUCUUGUGAUUCUGUGGCCUUCAGUUUAAAUUCUGCUCCUGUUAUCUUGCAUCAAGAGUUCAUUGGAAGAGAUCUCUGGAUUAAACAGAUUAAAGAGGCUCAGAUCAGAGGAAAUUUAACAGACUAUACUAAGUUGCAAGAUGCAAUCAAGGCUGGCAAAGGUGUGACUUCAGCUAUUGACCUAUGUCGUUUCCAUGGGAACAGAGCACUGGAGGCUCUGGAGUGCUUCCCUCCCUCAGAGGCCAGAUCUGCACUGGAGAACAUUGUUUAUGCUGUGACAAGAUUUCCAUGAUGUACAACUGGAAAAAGAAACUAUUGUCCAUUUGCAGAAAUGAGUGGAACAGAUAAUAGUCAUGACAGUCAAAAUUUGCUGUUGUUAAGAAUCUGAAUGUGACAACGGAUUUUUCCCCCCUUAAUGUUUCUGUUCCACUCACCACAUUCCCAAAUGAACACGUAUAUUCUUCGGAACUGCUGCAAACAAAAUUAGGGAAAAAAGGUCAAACAGUUUUCACUUGUCAUGCCAGAAGCACACUUGAGGCUGCACCGGUAGAAAUAAUUAAUGAGACUCGCUUCUGUGACCUCAGCAAAUGGACAGGAAAUAAGUCCUUAUUGAUUGGACAUAGCCAGGGAUGGCGCCAGUGUGGUGGCCUGUGGUUUUCCUGCACUAAAGAAGGCAGAGGGGGGCGUGAAGCUGCAGGUGUUGGGAGGAAUGCUCUCUAAAUCUGCCAGAGAGAUGGCUGUUUAAAACCAGAAUUAAUGUACCAAUUUAUCAACAUGAAGGGCAACUCGAUGAAUUGGGGUGGGGGAGAAAGAGGAGGGAAUCUUUUAUCUGCUUACAGGCAGCUAUAUCUCCUCAUACUGUUUCUCUGUGUAUUUAAAUAUAAAAUUACCCUAUACCUAAUGUGUUGAGUGUUUGAAAGAAUUGCUGAGGGAGCACAUCGGGUAUGGUAAGAGCUUUAUGAUAUUAAUAUGGUUCUGCAUAAAAGGAUAAUUUUGAAUGUGUUGUUUGUCAAGUCUUUGAUUCACAGAAUGACGUUUUAAACCUCCAGGAGAGUUACUUGUUCCCUUUUAUAUAUCAUGCAAUUUCUUUCAACAAAAAAGUACUUUUAAAAAAAGAUUUACUGGACAUUGUUUUUGUUCUUGCCAAAUAAAUGUUUUUUAGUAAAA